AUGAGUGGGAAUAGUAAGAAGAAACUGUUGCUUAUGGGCCGUUCAGGUUCAGGGAAAUCAUCAAUGAGAUCAAUAAUCUUUAGUAAUUAUUCAGCAUUUGAUACACGUCGUCUUGGUGCCACGAUAGAUGUUGAGCAUUCACAUCUUCGGUUCUUGGGGAACAUGACAUUGAAUCUUUGGGAUUGUGGUGGUCAAGAUGUUUUCAUGGAUAAUUAUUUUACAAAUCAAAAAGAUCAUAUUUUCAAAAUGGUUGAAGUUUUAAUCCAUGUUUUCGAUGUGGAGAGUAAAGAAGUUAGUAAAGAUAUUGAUGUUUUUGUUAAAUCUUUAAAACAGUUGAAGCAAUUUUCUCCAAAUGCUAAAAUAUUUGUCUUGCUACACAAGAUGGAUUUAGUACAGAUUGAUCGUCGUGAAGAAUUAUUUGAUAUAAUGAUGAAUAAAUUGAAGGAAACUUCUAAAGUUUAUGGAUUUGAUAUAGUGGGGUUCCCAACAAGUAUUUGGGAUGAAAGUUUAUAUAAGGCUUGGAGUUCAAUUGUUUGUUCAUUAAUUCCAAAUAUGAAUCAAUAUGAAGAGAAUUUAACAAAUUUACAAAAAAUAAUAGAGGCACAAGAGAUAAUAUUGUUUGAAAAGACAACUUUCUUGGUUAUAUGUUCUUCAAAUAGUGGACAAUUGAUUAGUUCAACAAAUAAUAAUUUUGAAAAAUUGGAUCCAAAGAGAUAUGAAAAAAUUUCAAAUAUAAUGAAGAAUUUCAAACAAAGUUCUACAAAAUUGAAAUCUCAAUUCCAUCAAUUGAAUUUAAACAAUAAUUUAUUCAUAAUGGAGUUGAGUUCAAAUCUAAUGAUUUUCGUUGUUUUACCAUUUGAUGCUAAUAAUAAUUCAGGAUUGAUACAAGAGAAUAUCAAGCAUGCAAAGAAGUACUUCCAGUGA